AUGCGUCGAGCGCCAAAAUUUAUGCCAGCUGCAAUGUUUGGCGGCUUGGCUGCGUUGCUGUGGGGCAGUUCUGGGUUGAGCUUUUCCAUCGAUGUGCCUUUGAUUGUGCAGCGGCACCAUUGCAAUUCCUUCAGGAAAAAGAAGACUGCAGUCUAUGCGGGGUUGGAUUGCGGCCCAAACGAGGUUGCACUCCUCAAGAAAUUAGAAACGCGAGAAGCGCGGGAGGCAUGGCUUAGAUUGCUUGAACAUGGUCACGAAGACUGGGAAGAAGUCAAAUUGGCAUUGGGUCUUCUUUGGAAAAAAGCCGCCGUAGAAGGCCGAGAUGGGGGACCUUUGGGGUACCCGAUGGCCUUAACCCGGCUUCUUGAGGGCAUUUACGAGGGUCCCGAUGGUGAUGCCAUUCUUGUGGCAGAUAUUGAAGCACGCUUGACCCAAGUGCCCGCUGGUGACCCUGGAGAUCCAGACCAAUGGAGGCGUUCGGUGGCACUUGGUUGCUUCAAAGAGCUUGGUUUCGUUGCACGUGGCCUGUAG